CAGCCUCAUCAGUGAACAUUUCAAGAGAAGCUGAACCUCCACUGGAAGGCAAUCUGUCAAGAUUAACACAGGUUCACCAACCUACUAGCCUUAUCACUGAAGAUUGAGGAGUGAAUUUUUUUAUUUAAGCCACUCAAGGUCGUCAAAUCAGGAAGCAAUAACUUCAAUUCUCAGAUCGCCUGUCGUUAGUAUCUCGCUGUCCGAUCAUGGGUGAAGUCCAGAUUCUCAAAGAUGUAGCUACACGCCUUAGAAUAAACUCAGUAAAAGCCACUGAAGCAGCAGGAUCUGGACAUCCUACUUCAUGUUCAUCACUGGCUGAAAUAAUGUCUGUACUUUUCCUGAAGGAAAUGCGCUACAACCCAGAAUCACCUAAAAAUCCAUCAAAUGAUAGAUUUGUAUUAUCUAAAGGCCAUGCCGCUCCAAUACUUUACGCAGCAUGGGCUCAGGUCGGGUUGUUCCCUGAGUCAGAAUUGCUUAAUCUACGCAAGAUAGAUUCAGACUUAGAAGGUCAUCCCACUCCGCGCCUGUCUUUUGUUGAUGUUUCAACUGGUUCUCUUGGUCAAGGUGUCAGCAAUGCUGCUGGGAUGGCGUACGUCGGGAAAUAUAUUGACAAAGCAAGUUAUAGGGUAUACUGCGUGGUUGGAGAUGGGGAAUCUGCUGAAGGGAGUGUUUGGGAAGCAAUAGCCUUCUCAUCAUAUUACAAACUGGAUAAUCUUGUUAUAAUAUUUGAUGUUAAUCGCCUUGGACAAAGUCAGCCGACACAACUGCAGCACCAUUUAGAAACUUAUCGACUAAGAACUGAAGCAUUUGGGUGUCAUUCUAUAGUGGUAGAUGGUCAUAACAUUGAGGAGUUACUUGAAGCAUUUUCAUGUGCUCGUACGGUCAAAAAUAAACCUGUUGCUUUAAUUUGUAAAACGUACAAAGGUCAUGAUUUCCCUGGUAUUGCUGAUCAGGAGAAUUGGCAUGGUAAACCUCUUGGAAGUAAGGCGAAGGAAGUACUGGAUUACCUCAAUGCUCAAAUAAGCAACACUUCAGUUGGCAGAUAUCCUCUACCUUCAAAACCGCUGGAUGAUUGCAGUGAACUAAAAUUAAUGGGUACUAUCAAGCUCCCGUCCGCCCCACAAUAUAAAAUAGGAGAUAUGGUGGCUACUCGACUCGCCUAUGGCACAGCUCUCUCUCGUAUUGGUCAAACUUGUGACCGAGUUAUUGGUCUCGAUGGUGAUACUAAGAAUUCAACUUUUAGUAUUAAACUUAGAGAUGUUAAACCAGAUCAAUUUGUCGAGUGUUUCAUCGCAGAGCAAAACUUAGUUGGUGUGGCUAUUGGUUGCGCUGCACGUGGGCGAACCAUUCCAUUUGUCAGUACUUUUGCCGCCUUUCUCACUCGGUCUUUCGACCAAAUACGCAUGGGUGCAAUUUCUCAGACCAACUGUAAUUUCUCUGGUUCACAUGUCGGAGUCAGCAUUGGUGAAGAUGGACCAAGUCAAAUGGCUUUAGAAGAUAUGGCUAUGUUUCGUUCUGUCAUUGGCUCCACAGUGUUUUAUCCAUCAGAUGCUGUGUCGACCGAACGAGCUGUUGAAUUGGCAGCUAACACAGUGGGGAUCUGUUAUAUACGAACUGGACGCCCUAAUCAACCUGUAAUUUAUUCUCCCGAGGAAUGCUUUUGUAUUGGUAAAGGAAAAGUUGUUCGCACUGCAGGACCUACUGGUGACCAUUUAACUGUAGUUGGUGGUGGUAUUACAGUAACUGAAGCCUUAAAAGCAGCCAAUAUUCUUGCAACUGAAGAUAUUAAUAUUCGUGUAAUUGAUCCAUUCACUAUUAAGCCAAUAGAUGCAGAAUUACUCGCAAAGGCUGUCAAAGAAACAUGUAACAAAGUACUGACAGUAGAAGACCAUGCACCCGAAGGAGGUAUAGGAGAUGCAGUUAGUGCAGCUCUCUCACAGUGUGGCGUAGAUCAUACUGUUCAGAGAUUAGCUAUCAGAGAAGUGCCGCGUUCUGGGAAACCAAAAGAAUUACUAGCCAAAUAUGGUGUAGAUGCAAAUGCUAUUGUUCGUGCUGUAAAAGCAUUACUUGGCAAAUGAUAAAUGCUGCAUGGUGUUAUCUUCCGUUUCAAUAAUUAUUGUGAUUCAAUAUUAGGUCAAUGUUAAUUAAUUCAAUUUUAAUUACAAAAUUCUAAUCAAUAAUUUUUCACUUCAUAACGACUAAUAUUAUUAUUGCACUUUCAGUACACAUUUGUUGUACCAUAUGGAUUUUUGAAUUAUUCUAUUUGUUGUCUGGUUACACGAAACCUUGAAUAAUGAAAACAAUAGUUCACCGUCGUAACAGUUUCAACAAUUGAAUAUUAUCAUACCACUUCGUAAAUUUUACGUAUUUAAAUUCUACUGACGAUGUUAAUUAUAUUAGUAGUCAGAAUUUCAAUAUCAGUAAUACUAUAUGUAAACAAACAUAGAUUUUGGAAAUCAAGGCCAAAUUGAAUAUGCGCCGUAUGUAAUAUUGACGUGAAAUUUAUGAAAACCUUUCAAUUCUGAAUACAAAUUGUUUGCUUUGAGGAAUAUAUGUUUAAGUCACAAAAUAAAUGCUCAAUUGUACUUUAAUUUCUCACUAAGUAUAUUUACCAGCAUAUUUUCUUUUGACAUAAAUGAUCUGUUUCAAUAUACAUAAACUUAGAUGAGAAAAACACCAAAAUUGAAUAAAGAGCAAUUUAGUUUUACUUGAAUGGUAUUUCUUAUUAUUAAGUUGAUGUGAUGGAAUGUAACAUUAAUUAUCUUAAUAAUAGAUAUAAUUGUAGACUCUAAAUAUUAACAAAUAUGUGAAACAAUUAGUUCCUUGAAUAAUGUAAUAAGAAGACGAAGAUUAUCAGAACUAUGUGAUAUAUUAGCUCAAUGAAUUCCGAAAAAUCUGAUCACACAUAUACUUGUUAAGAACAUUUAUAUAUAAAAAUAAAAGGUCAACUAGAAUAGAAAUGGGAGAUAUUCAAAACAGUUUGUUCUCACCUUAAACCUACUCUGACAAUAUUAGCUUAUUAUCCAGCGUGAUGAG